CCCCGGAGCCUGUAAAGGCAGAGCAGGGAGGGCGAACAGAGGACGAAGUGAAGGGACAGCGGGCGGAGGAGGCUGCACGAUGCCGAUCGCCACCGGCCUGGAGGCGGCCUGCGAGCUGGAGUGCGCGGUGCUGGGCGCCCUGCUGCGGGAGCCACGGGAGGCAGAGCGCUCGCUGCUGCUCGACUGCCGCCCGUUCCUGGCCUUCUGCCGGCGCCACGUGCGCACCGCGCGGCCGGUGCCCUGGAACGCACUGCUGCGCCGCCGUGCGCGGGGCCAGCCUGCCGCCGCCCUCGCCUGUCUGCUGCCCGACCGCGCGCUGCGGGCGCGCCUGGCCCGCGGGGAACUGGCCCGUGUCGUGGUGCUGGACGACCGCAGCGCGUCGGUAGCCGAGCUCCCGNGCCCCGGCCCUGCGCACCUGCUGCUCGCCUCGCUGCUGCAAGAGACCUGCGCUGGGCCCACGGUCGUGUGCUUCCUGCGCGGUGGCUUCUAUAGCUUCCAGGCCUGCUGUCCGGAUCUGUGCUCUGAAGCCCCGGCCCAGGCGCUGCCCCCUAUAGGGGCCGAAAACAACAGCUCCGACCCCAAUGUGCCCAUCUAUGAUCAGGGUGGCCCUGUGGAAAUCUUGCCUUACCUGUACCUGGGCAGCUGCAGCCAUUCCUCAGACCUUAAAGGGCUGCAGGCCUGUGGCAUCACAGCCGUUCUGAAUGUCUCCUCCAGCUGCCCCAACCACUUUGAGGGCCUUUUCUGUUACAAGAGCAUCCCGGUAGAGGAUAACCAGGUGGUGGAGAUCAGUGCCUGGUUCCAAGAAGCCAUUGGCUUCAUUGACUCGGUGAAGAGCAGCGGAGGCCGGGUGCUGGUGCAUUGCCAAGCUGGCAUCUCCCGCUCUGCUACUAUCUGCCUGGCGUACCUGAUUCAGAGCCGCAGAGUGCGGCUGGAUGAGGCCUUCGACUUUGUUAAGCAACGCAGGGGAGUCAUCUCCCCCAACUUCAGCUUCAUGGGCCAGCUGCUACAGUUUGAGACCCAGGUGCUAUGUCAUUGAAGCAGAGCCCCUCCUCUUUGACAUUGUGCUGGCUCUCACUGACUGCUUGGGGGAGCUACUGUGGGUAGCUGGGCUUCUUUCUGGCCUCGCACAUUCCUCCUCACUAUGAUGCCCCCAAGAGAGGGUGCUAGGAAAGCUGGAGUGCUGACCUUUCUGAUCUGGUGCUCUUCUGCUAGGGAUUUAAGGGCUGGCCCUUAUUCUGGGAACCAGAGCAGAAAAUAAGUCUGCUCUCCCUUCCCUAGAUCUGGCAGAAAUUAAUUGGACUCUUAAAUCUGUGGACUCUUGUCUCAUUACCAUGUUGAAGCCCUUGGCAGUUCAAGGGCCUAAGGAACAAGCUGUGACAAGCAGGAGCCCUGUCUGGGGUAUGUACCCCAGGGCCAGAGCUCGAGCCCAACACUCCCAAGGGAGCCAGGAACUCGGGAAGUGAUGUGUGUGUCAUGCUACAAAUCUCUUGCUUGCGUGUGUAAGUGCGUGUGCAUCUCACCAGAAUUGGCGCUGGAAAGUUAUUUGUGUUCAACUGACAUUUAACACUCCCUCCCUCACUUCCUCCCAGCUCUGUGGGUGGAGGUUGGAAACAGCACUUUAUAUUUAUACAGAACAUUGAA